CAAAUGAAUUCGCCUUGGUCUGCUUUGUUUUUUAGGGGACGUUUCUUGGCGAAUAAUAAGUCGAAGAAGAGAUUAUAUAUUUGUUUUGUUAACUAAUCUGUUUGGUAAAUAAUUGAAUUGAUAAACAACUGAUCGGGAAAUUAUACUGAACCUGGAAAACACAAAAGUGAGCACUGUAAAAUGAUUAACGUGGAUCCAAGUGUAAAGCAUAGCUGUGAAGAUAUUUUAGAGCUCAAAGUGGCAAGACAUAACCACAAUGAGUUGUUAAAUAUAGACGGAGAGUUAGAUAUUCAAUCCAGCGAUACCUAUACAGUUCAACAAGCUGUUAAUCUUUUAGGAUUUGGAUGGUUUCACGUUAAACUAUCACUGUUUGUUGGACUUUGUUGGAUGGCCGACUCUAUGGAAAUGACUAUACUUAGUAUUAUUGGGCCAGCAAUGCAAUGCGAAUGGAAUAUAUCAACUUAUCAGAAAGCUCUAAUGACGACAGUCGUAUUUUUAGGAAUGAUGAUUAGUCCUUCAUUUUGGAGUCAAUUAAGUGACCGAUACGGCCGAAAAUCUGCCUUAACAUUUUGUGGAGUGCUGCUUGUGUUGUAUAGUUUACUCAGUUCUGUGGCUCCCAACUUCACCUGGCUUUUAAUUUUACGUGGACUUGUCGGCUUUUCUAUCGGAUGCAUUCCGCAAUCUGUUACUCUAUAUGCGGAAUUCCUUCCUUCAAAGCACAAAGGAAAGUGCGUGGUCUUAAUGGAUUGUUUCUGGGCUUUGGGGGCUUGCUUUGAAAUUGCCUUAGCAUUGGCAAUUUACCCUAACUUUGGUUGGCGAUGGCUUUUAGGUUUAUCAGCCGCACCAUUAUUAUUAUUUACAUCUUUGACACCGUGGCUUACAGAAUCUGCACGAUUUCAUACCUUGAAUGGGAACAACGAGAAAGCGGUUCGAGUUCUGGAGCAGAUUGCAAAGGACAAUAACCGUCAAAUGCUGAUUGGUCGUUUGACGGUCGAUCGGGAAACUAAUUCACCUGCUCAUAUGAGAACAUUACUUAAGCCCGAAUUAAGGAAAAUAACAUUAUUACUGUGGUUUAUAUGGAUGUCCUGUGCGUUUUGCUAUUACGGCCUAGUAUUAAUAUCUGCGGAACUUUUCCUUAGAGACAAGGCAGAUUCAAUAUCAAAUCAAGAUUGCAAUACAUUCAAUACACAAGAUUUUAUGGAUCUAAUGUGGAUUACUUUCUCCGAAUUCCCUGGUAUAUUUUCAACAACAGCUGUUAUUAAACGGUAUGGCAAGAAAAAAACAAUGGCUCUGCAGUUCUUAAUUUUUUCUGGUUGUGUUUCAUUACUUUCGCUCCAUAAAAGCCGCAUCUACACCAUCUCGAUCCUAUUUAUUGCCAGAGGAGUCAUAUCUGGCCUAUUUCAAGCUGCAUAUAUAUACACACCUGAAAUUUAUCCCAACAAUUUACGCUCUGUAGGAGUUGGUGGAUGUUCAACAAUAGCUCGGAUUGGCGCGAUGGCUACACCAUUUAUUUCUCAAGUACUUUUACAAACCUCAGCAUCAAGCGCGCUCAUUAUUUAUAGCUUAGUGGGUUUAUUAUCUGCAGUCGGUUGUAUAAUACUUCCAGAUAAUCAAGUUUUAGCAUAAGUUUAGGUAUUAGAUGGCGAAAAUGUAUUUUAUUGAAUCAAAAAAAUUGUAUGUGGAACAGAAUUGACAACGAAAUGAGCGAGAUGUUAUACUAUUAAAAUAUACAGAAGGUUUGUAAUCAUAACAGAAAAACCUAAAUAAGA